GAUAGAGAGAUAGAGAGAGAGAGGAGCUGUUGGGGUUGGUACUGGGUGCUGAGUGCAUUGGUGAAGCAGGAGCUGUCCUUGGUGCUGAACACAACUGCAGAGCCACAGAAACCCUUCCCUCCCCUCUCAUCUCUUUUUGGUGGUGCAGUAGGCGAUGGAGCCAGGGUCAGAGCUGUACAGUGCCCCUUACGGAGAGAUACAUUGCCCAGACAGCGCUUACGGAUCUUCUGCCAUGGACACAGACACGGAAGAGGGUCAUACGCCUUCCUCCAGCAUCAUCGUUCACUACAAUGAGGAGAUACUGCACAAGACUAUCCUGGUGGGCGACAGUGGUGUUGGGAAGACGUCUCUGCUGGUGCAGUUUGACCAAGGAAAGUUCAUCCCGGGAUCGUUCUCCGCCACGGUGGGGAUUGGUUUCACAAAUAAAGUGGUGGUGUUGGAUGGGGUCAAGGUCAAGCUGCAGUAUGAAAACUGCAUCUACUCUCAUUGUAAAGGUUACAUAACUCUUCCUCAGAAACGUACAUAA